CCGACUCAAGCCUAGUCAUCUGUGGACGUCUUCCUUCGACUGGCCAACCCCAUGGCCCAUUAGUUUCGUUUGGUUUGUUUGGUGGCUUUGGAUCGAUCUACUGUCAAGAAAGUACUCAACAAUCCGGCUUGUUUUGAUUCAGUUCACUCCUCCCUUACUCCAAUAAGUACAUAGUGAUUAUGAUAAUAAAUUAUGCUCUUUGACUCCAAUCAUGUCGGGAAAAAAAUGUCUUGGAAGCCAGGCCAAAGAAAUCAUUGCUAAGGUAUAUCACCAUAUAAAAAAAGAAGCAAAAAGUGGCAUUAUAAAUCUUACAGAUGCUAUGUGGCGAACUGCACAAGCUGUUGGUUAUAGUGAAUGCAUUAUAACCAGUAUAUUAAGAGAAAAACAACAAGAUGGUGAAUGUACAGACACAACUGAGGAAACUACAAUGACACCAACAAAUGAUAUAAAUUCACAGACCAAAGAAAUAAUCGCUAGGGUGUAUCACCAGAUGAAAAUAGAAGCACAAGUUGACAAUGUUAAAAAACUUAAAAAUGCUAGGAGCCCUAGCAGGCGAACUGCACAAGCUGUCGGUUACAGUCAACGAACUGUAUUCAAAAUACUAAGUGAAGAACGACAAGCUUGUGCAAACACAUCAACAUACAUGGCACACGAUACAACAUCAAUAUUCAAGCCACCAUCUAAAAGAAAACGUGUUUGCCCAAAAUCAACAAUGGACAACUAUGACCUAUCUUUGCUCCGAAAAACAAUUAUUUCAUAUCAGACCAAAAAUCACGAAAUGCCUACAUUAAAAGAACUUAAGGAAAUUGUGUCAGAAAAAACUGGUUUCAACGGCUGUAAGGAAACCUUACGAAAAAUUUUGUAUGACUCAGGUUUUGAAUGGUCUACAACAGAUAAUCACAAAUUACUUGUUGAAAGGCAUGAUAUUCAAAUGUUACGAUUCAGAUAUCUCAAAGAGCUGCAAAAAUAUCGUGAUGAAGGUAGAUAUAUUGUAUUUACUGACAAUUACUAUGUUGACACAACAUCCACACAGAAAAAAUUGAAAAACGAAAAUGGAACAUCACAGAAAGCAUCUAAAGGAAUGCGGGUUAUAAUUGUUCAUGCCGGUGGAUGUCAAGGGUUUGUUCCAAAUGCCUGCUUAAUAUAUGAGACAGACUCAACAAGUGAUGAUAGUAUGAAUUUCAACAACUAUAAACAAUGGCUUACAAAUCAGCUACUGCCUAAUCUGCCAGAAAAUGCUGCCAUUGUCAUGAAUAAUCAAAAUUGCAUAUUUGAAAAUUGUCCUGAUCCUAAUUCAAGUAAAAGCUUUAUGCAUGUAUGGUUGACUGAACGAAAUAUUGAAUAUGAAGAAACAAUGAAUAAAGUAGAACUGUACGAUUUAAUAUUAAAAGGCAAAGGGACAUUCAAAAGUCACACCAUUGAAGAACUAGUUAGGUCAAAGGGUUUUCAAGUUUUAAGAUUACCUUCUUAUCACCCUGACCUGAAUCCAAUGGAACAUAUAUGGAGAGUAUUAAAAAAGGAUGUAGUUUUAAAGAAUGUAGAGCAAGAAUUGACAUCGAAUCUGAAUCUAAUAAAAGAACGCAUUGAAAUGAUUGAAUAUUCUUUGUGGGAAUACGCAUGCCAACAAGUUGUAGACGCGGAAAAUCAAUACAUGAAAUAUUUUGAUGAUAGACUUUAAAUUUAUUCUUAAGCUCCCACCAAUGCUUUAUUGCAUACAAAAUGUAUGACAAGUCAUGGGAGUUUGGUGCAAAUGUAAUUUACCAAGUCAAUCUGACAACAAUUCAACUAAUCAAACCCAUUUGCCUGGUUGAGUCAAUGUCAAAGAUAGUUUACAAUUUUGCACUCUCCUCCUUUGUAAUAAGAUGAUAAAUGUAAACGAAUCUUUAAGGUCGACUGUACCUACUGGUAGGCAGGGUGUUUACACGAGGCUAAUUACAAAUACAACCCAGCAAAACCAUCAUAUUAAUUUUAAUGGCUUAAUGUAUUGUCUUGAAUUCCUGAUUUUUGAGUUGAUUAAAUGGGCUGAAUAAUGAUGAAUGUCUUACCUAAAGAGUAACGAGUAAUGCCCCAAAGGUCCAUAGUCCAUCCAUAGUGUAGUCUCUGUCAACUAAGAGAUCGUCGGGUGACAACCAAAACUCACUAAUUACCAUCACAAGUUCAUAGCCAUGGUGAACCGUAUUUUGGUAAUAUUAUGUGAAUAAGGUUGAUUUUUGUUUAAUUAUUUUUUAGUAAUUAAUGAGUUUUGGUUGUCACCUGACGAGAUGAGCGUACAUUUUAAGAUUGGUUCGUCUGUACAACCCUGUAAGUUUUGGUUUUAUCACUUGCCUAUGGUCAAACAGACAAAUAUCUGCUUUCCUGGUCAGGGGAAAAUGUAAUACAAAGACACAACUUAGUUU